ACAAAUUGGAACAGACACUUGAAACAAAACUCUACUCUUUUGUGCUCCCAUCGUCUUCUAGGGUAACCACGGCGCCACUUGAACAAGUGCGGCCAUAUCCAACCAUUUUCUUCGCUUCUCUUCUCUUCUCAGGGGUGUCAUAUUACCGGGAGUGUUCAAUAUGACAUCUUUCCUAAAGCCUGAGAAUGCUCUCAAAAGGGCCGAAGAGUUAAUCAAUGUUGGGCAGAAGCAGGAUGCUCUACAGACUCUUCAUGACCUCAUUACCUCAAAGAGAUACAGAGCAUGGCAGAAGACACUUGAAAGGAUUAUGUUUAAGUAUGUUGAACUUUGUGUUGACAUGCGCAAGGGCCGAUUUGCAAAAGAUGGGCUUAUUCAGUAUAGGAUAAUAUGUCAGCAAGUCAAUGUUAGUUCACUGGAGGAGGUGAUCAAACACUUUAUGCACCUGUCAACUGAGAAAGCUGAACAAGCUCGGAGUCAAGCACAAGCGUUGGAAGAAGCCCUUGAUGUUGAUGAUUUAGAGGCUGAUAAAAGGCCAGAGGACUUGAUGUUGAGUUAUGUCAGUGGUGAGAAAGGGAAGGACAGAUCUGAUCGGGAGCUUGUUACCCCAUGGUUUAAAUUUCUCUGGGAAACUUACAGGACAGUGCUUGAAUUAUUGCGAAACAACUCAAAACUGGAAGCAUUAUACGCUAUGACAGCUCAUCGAGCUUUCCAGUUCUGCAAGCAAUAUAAACGAACAACAGAGUUCCGCAGACUGUGCGAAAUCAUAAGAAACCAUUUGGCUAAUCUCAACAAAUACCGUGACCAACGAGACAGGCCUGACCUUUCAGCACCUGAAAGCUUACAAUUGUAUCUUGAUACUAGAGUUGAGCAGCUGAAAAUUGCCACUGAACUUGAACUCUGGCAGGAAGCCUUCAGAUCAGUGGAGGAUAUACAUGGACUGAUGUGCUUGGUCAAGAAAACUCCCAAGCCAUCCUUGAUGGUUGUUUACUAUGUGAAGCUGACAGAAAUAUUUUGGAUAUCGUCAAGUCAUCUUUAUCAUGCAUAUGCAUGGUUCAGGCUCUUUUUAUUGCAAAAAAGCUUCAAUAAGAACCUGAGUCAGAAGGAUUUGCAAUUAAUAGCUUCAUCUGUUGUUCUUGCUGCACUUUCAGUGCCUCCUCAUGACCGUACACAUGGUGCGUCUCACUUGGAACUGGAGCAUGAAAAAGAGAGAAAUUUGAGGAUGGCCAAUCUCAUUGGCUUUAAUCUUGAGACUAAACCUGAAAGCAGAGAAAUGCUCUCAAGAUCAUCACUUCUUGCUGAACUGGCAUCCAAGGGAGUGAUGUCUUGUGUGACUCAGGAAGUGAAAGAUGUUUACCAUCUUUUGGAACAUGAAUUUCAUCCCUCAGAUCUUGCAGUAAAAGCGCUGCCCUUGAUAACUAAAAUCUCAAAGUUAGGAGGCAAGCUUUCUACAGCUUCUUCUGUUCCCGAAGUACAGUUGUCUCAAUAUGUCCCAGCAUUGGAAAGACUAGCUACCAUGAGGUUGCUGCAGCAGGUGUCCAACGUUUACCAGACAAUGAAGAUAGAGACUUUAUCUGGGAUGAUCCCGUUCUUUGACUUUUCCGUAGUUGAAAAGAUUGCCGUAGAUGCUGUAAAGCAGAAGUUUGUAUCAAUGAAAGUUGAUCACAUGAAAAAUGUUGUGAUCUUUUGCAAAACGAGUCUCGAGUCAGAUGGCUUAAGGGAUCACUUGGCCAAUUUUGCUGAACAAUUAAAUAAGGCCCGACAAAUGAUUUAUCCUCCUGAUAGGAAACCAUCUAAACUUGGAGCUUUACUUCCAACUUUGACUGAGGUUGUUGCCAAAGAACACAAGAGGCUUCUUGCUCGAAAAUCAAUCAUUGAGAAACGGAAAGAAGAACAAGAACGGCAGCUUCUUGAAAUGGAACGAGAGGAGGAGUCAAAAAGACUAAGACUUCAGAAAAUAACUGAAGAAGCAGAACAAAGACGGCUUGCCACCGAGUAUGAGCAGAGGAAGAAUCAGAGGAUCCUUAGGGAGAUAGAAGAGAGGGAAAUUGAAGAAGCUCAAGCUUUACUUCAGGAAGCUGAAAAGCGUAUCAAAAAGAAGGGGAAAAAGCCAAUCAUAGAGGGAGACAAAAUCACCAAGCAGACCUUGAUGGAGUUAACUUUGACUGAACAACUCCGGGAAAGACAGGAAAUGGAAAAGAAGUUGCAGAAGUUAGCGAAAACAAUGGAUUAUUUGGAAAGAGCGAAAAGAGAGGAAGCUGCUCCCCUUAUUGAAGCUGCGUAUCAACAACGUUUAGUGGAAGAGAGACUUCUUCAUGAGCGUGAACAACAGCAAGAAGUUGAACUGAGCAAACAGAGGCAUGAGGGAGAUCUCAAGGAGAAGGAGAGGCUUGCUCGAAUGAUGGGCAAUAAGGAGAUAUAUGAGGUCCGAGUUGUUAGUCAUCGCCAAGCAGAGUUUAAUAGAUUAAGAAGAGAACGGGAAGAGCGAAUCUCUAGGAUUUUGCAGUCAAGGAGACAGGAGAGGGAAAAAAUGAGGAAGUUGAAGUAUUAUCUCAAAUUAGAAGAAGAGAGACAACAAAAAAUGCGUGAGGAGGAGGAAGCACGGAAACGUGAAGAGGCUGAAAGGAGAAAGAAGGAAGAGGCUGAACGCUUAGCAAAACUGGCGGAGAUAGCUGAAAAACAGAGGCAGAGAGAGCGGGAACUUGAAGAAAAAGAGAGACAAAGGAGAGAAGCAUUGUUAGGCAGAAGUGUUGAAGCAGCUCCUCCUGCGCGGCAAUCGGAACCUGUAACAGCUCCUGCUGCAGCUGCAGCCGCUGCCGCUGCAGCUCCAAACCCAGGGAAAUAUGUGCCUAAGUUCAUGCGAGAUAGAGCUGAAAGAACAGGCACUGCUCCUCCUCCGGAAACAGACCGCUGGGGUGGUAACAGUAGCAGCAGGCCGGAUGGUGACAGGUGGCGUGGUGGUGAUGAUCGGCGAAGUAGUUAUGUUAGUGGUGGAGGUUCAAGGUCAUCAUCUUCUUGGUCCAGGAAUCCGCGUUGAACAUUUUGUGCCCUGAAUUAUUGCUGGUGACUUUUUGGAGUUCUAUGUACUCUCCCAUUUUAUGUUCUAGAAUUCUUUUUGAUGCUGAGUUAAAUUUAUUAUCUUCUUAAUACUCACAAGUCCUCUAUUGUAUCGAGGAACAUGCCAGCAAAAUUUUCUAUUUAUGAUUGAGUGGAUUGAAAAUGGUAAUCGAAGUAUCAACUUAUUAGACUCA